CUUCUCUCUCGUGAUCAUUAUAUCUCUUUCAGCUAGUUAAUAUUCUGCUCUCUGCCGUUGUGUUGAAUUCAUACUGCUUUUUUCACCUCAUUCAAGAUGGGUUUAGAAAGGGUUCUUACGUCGGUCUCCCCAACUGCUAGCUCGGGUAGAUACACUGAGCUUUCCAGCCUUCUGGAACUAGUAAAGGGAAUUCUGCUCGACCAUGUUGCUGAAGCAGAUGCUUCCAAUGCCGCGAGACAGUCAGGUCAGCGCAAUGGCGCAAUAUCUCAUUCCCAGGCCGCCGCACUUCUACCACCGGAGAUCGUUUCCCAGCGUCUCAGCCUGAACCUCACCGAUAAGCCACAGGGAAAGGAUGGUCUUCUCGAACUCACGGACCGUAUCUUACGAUUAUCUAUCAACACAUGGGAUCAUGGUUUCAUGCACAAACUUUAUUCUGGCACCAACCCGGUGGGAGUGAUAUCUGAGUUGAUUCUCGCUAUACUUAAUACAAAUUCACACGUGUACACAGUCUCACCCGCAUUGUCCGUUAUCGAGAAACAAACAGGCCGUGCUCUAGCCAACAUGUUUGGGCUCCGGGAGACAUAUUCUGGUGGCAUUACGCAGCCAGGAGGCUCAGCCUCAAACUUCAACUCGGUACUCAUUGCCCGACAUCAAGCUAUGCCAUUCAUUAAAGAGACUGGGAUCUCGGGACAACAGUUGGUUAUGUUUACGUCAGUCGACAGCCAUUACAGCCUGGAGAAAGCAGCUCAAAUGAGCGGAAUUGGUUCUCAAGGCGUUUGCAAGAUACCUACUGAUGCCGAAGGGCGCAUGUCCGUCCCCGCGCUUCGAAGGAGUAUCCUUGAUGCCAGUGAUCAAGGCAAACACCCGUUUUACGUCAAUGCCACCGCGGGUACGACCGUCCGCGGAGCAUACGACCCCAUUGACGAAAUAGCUGAUGUCUGCCAGGAGUUUGGACUCUGGCUACACGUGGACGGCUCACUGGGUGGAUCAGCUAUAUUCACGAGACGGCAGUCAUGGAGGCUGAAGGGGAGCGAAAGAGCGGAUUCAAUCACUAUCAACCCCCAUAAAAUGCUCAGCGUUCCCAUCAGCUGCAGCUUCUUGCUAGGGCGUGAUUUGAGGCAGUUUCGGUCCUCUAACUCUAUCGAUGCCGGCUAUCUCUUCCACGAAGAUGCUCCUCUGGCUGCUGCAACCAACGAUGCCGAUGACACAUAUGACCUAGCGGAAUUCACUCCACAAUGCGGUCGCAAAGGCGACGCUCUCAAACUCGCUCUUGGUUGGGUGUACUAUGGUCGAAUUGGCUACGAGCGGUACGUUGAUAACGCUUUUGACAUGGCUGCAUAUCUCGCCGCUCUCAUCAAGAAUCAUCCCCGAAUGGAGAUAGCAGCUGUACCUCAGAGUGUACAAGUCUGCUUUUAUUACAUGCCGUCUAGAAUGACAGACAAGCAUGAUAUGGCCGCAAAGCACAACACUGCAAUCACGGCUUAUAUCAGCGAGGGCCUUCCAAGCAAAGGUUUCAUGGUGGAUUAUGCUCCUGGCCCAGUGGGAAAGUUUCUGCGUGUCGUCACCAAUGGGACAACGACAAAAGAGACGCUGAAUAGUAUGGUGAAUGAAAUCGAUGAGAUUGGCCAGUCAUUCAUAAAGUAAGCAUAAAUAGGCGACAAAAGACUUCAAGCUGGAUGUUUUUAUUCAGCAACUGGCUAAUAGACUAGAAGCAUGACCAUGAAUUAUAGAUACUUAUUCGCAAUGCAAUACAAAAGGUUGACUAGAGAUCCU